AUGGAGCACUGGAAAGAAUAUCCCGAUUUUAUAAUUAACAAAAAUGACGACGAUGAUGUUAUAUCCGAACAUAUAUAUCAAAUGUCUCUUCUGUUAUUGAGUGCCUCACAAAAAGUGACUUUUCACCGACCUAUGUACUCAUUAAAAAAUGAUUCGCAACUAACAAUAAAAAAAUUUUUAGAACUACUUUUGCCGUAUGGAAAAGGAUUAACAUUCGAUACGAUCCGUGAAAGCAUAGUAGAAUUAGGAGAUACAAUUCCACAAACUCCUCCAAAGACACCGAAAGACCGACCGUUGAAAAAUUAUUUAACAUCUCCAGCAGCGCAAUCUGCUUAUCGUCACAAAAUGUUAAAUGAACGUAAUCGCGAGUUAAGGCUGUUAAAAGCUCAGCUGGAAACUGAACUUUUUGAAAAGGUAGACUUGCAGGGAGAUAUUAAAAUCUUAGAAGACAAAGUUAAAAAUUUACAAAAACAGUUAUCUCAAAAAACAGAAGAGCUGAAGAGACUCAGGAUAGAACAGGCAAGUCCAAGAACUCCACAGUCUGCGAGAAAGAAUAAAAAUAAUCAAAAUAUAGAGGAGCAUUUAAAAAAAGAAAUUCAAAAUGUCGAAGCGUAUAAUUUAAAACUCACGACAGAGUUGAAUAAAAUUGAGGAUGAGCAUGAAAGUUUAAAACGUCGUUUGGCAUCUAAAGAACGUCUUGCUGCUACUUUGAAGGAGAAAGCUGAAGAAUUUGAACGGGGGAUGGAAUCUUUGUCAAUACAAUUGGAAGUCAAGACUAAUGAAUUGUUAGAUUUGAGGAUGCAAAAUGAAGAACUCCGAGGUCACAUCAAGGGUAUGCAAAGAUACUCAACUGAUGCUGAACAGAGUUUUGAAAUGGACAAUGUUGUUCAUGCCGGGUCACCAGCUGUUGGGUUGAAUAUCAGUGAAGCUGCCAGUUCUAUUAUUGACAUUCAGUUAAAAGAAGCGAAUGAAGAAUCUGCUAGGCUAAAAGACGAGUUAGAGUGUAUUAAAAAUCAAUUGGAAGAAGCUUUGCAGGAGUGUCAAGAAUUUAAAUCUCUCAACGAUGUUUUAAAUGAAAAAGUAUUAAAUUUCGACGAAACUAAAAUGGCUUUAGAAAUUACAGAAGAUAAAUUAGAAAAACGACAAUGCCAAAUUAAUAUUAUGGAGAUGGAAAGAAAGACUCUGCAAGAUGAAAUUGAAAAACACAAAAAAAUUAUUGCUACUCAAGAAAUCACUUUGAAAGAAACUCAAGAAUUAAAGGAAAAAUUAGAAUCUAAUGUAUCUUCUAUUGAAAAAGAAUUAAAUAGAUUGAAGAUAUCUUUAGUUACCACAGAAGACACUUUGGCGCAGACUAUUACCACUAAAGAAGUUUUAGUAAUGCAGUUAAGUACAGCUGAAAAUAAAAUAAAAAGCCUGAAAGAUGCUAUAAAUGAUGCGAAUAAAGAAUACCAAGAGUUAACCCAGGAUUUAGAAUAUAAAGUUAAUAAUUUAGAAGAGAAUAUCAAUAGACACUUGGAGCAUAAUCUUCAGCUUGAAAAAAUUGUUGAUCAAUUAAACAAAGAUUUAAAUGACUUACAUAAAGAAUUUGAUAAUAAAAAUUUAACUGUAAAUUCGUUAAAUGACAAAGUUGUUCAAUUAGAGGCAACGAUUGUUGAUUAUUCUGAUAACAAACAACAGCUAGAAGAAAUUAUUACGCAAAAAGAAGAAGAGAUAAAUAAAUUGAAUCAAAUUUUUGAUAAUAAAAACCUGACUUUAGAUUCUUUGAAUGCCAAAUUAUUGAAUAAGGAAGAAGAUAUUGAAAGGUAUGUUGAAAUUAAAAAAGAACUUGAGGAGACUGUUGAACAACAAGCUUGUGAUUUAAAAAAAUUGAGUAAAGAAAUUGACGAUAAAAAUUUAAUAGUUGACUCUUUGAAUAAUAAAGUAGCGGAGCUUGAAAAAAUAAUUGAAAAUGAUUCUGAAAUUAAAAUUAAACUUGAAAAUAUUAUUCAAGAUCAAAAACAAGAUUUGAUUCAAGUUAAUGGAAUAGUUGAUGAGAAAAACUUGACCAUUGAAUCUUUACAAGUAAAGCAGUCGGAGUUGGAAAAAACAAUUUGUAAAAAUUCUGAAGAUAAACAACAACUUGAAAAUGCAAUUGAAUAUCAAAAGGAAAAUUUAAUUAAAUUAAAAGAUGAACUUGACAAUAAAAAUUUAAUUAUUGAUUCUUUAAAUACUACACUGUUACAAUUGGAGCAAAGUAUUGUUAUGUAUUCUGAGGAAAAACGAGAGCUUAAGAAAAUAAUUGUUGACACAAAUGAAGACACGCGUAAAUUAACUCGGGAUUUGGAAAGUAAAAAUUCAACGAUAGAUUCAUUGAAUGCUAAAAUCUUGGAACUUGAAGCCUCUGUUGAUAAAUAUUCUGAUAAAGAUAAAUUACAAUUUGAAGAAACUAUUGAAAAAUAUAAGAAGGAUACUGUUAAAUUUAAUGAACAGAUUUCUGAUAAAAAUUUAAUGAUUGAUUCAUUGAAUUCUAAGCUGGUGCAUUUGGAGAAUGAGAUUGGAAUACAUUUACAAGAAAAACAGAAACUUUCUGAAGCUAAUCAAGAACAAAAUAAGGAUUUAAUGAAAUUAACAACAGAACUUGAUGAUAAAAAUCAACUUAUGAAUUCAAUGAGUAUUAAAUUGUCAGAAUUAGAAGAAAAUAUUGCAUUAAUUUCGAGUGAAAAACAAUUACUUGAAAAAUCAAUCGAUAUUUUAAAUGGGGAUUUGGUGAAUCUGAAUAUUGAAAUAGAUAAUAAAAAUUCAUCAAUAGAUUCAAUGAGUAACAAAAUUUUGGAAUCAGAAAAUAUUAUUAGCAAUAACUCGGAUGAAAAAAGACAACUUGAAGCGAUUGUUGAGAAGCUUAAUGAUGAUAUUGUUGAUUUAAAUACGAACAUUGAAAAUAAAAACUUAGCUCUUGAUUCUCUUAAUAUUGUGCUGUCGGAAACAAAGGAUACUAUCGCAAGGUAUUUGGAAGAGAAACAACAGCUUGAAGAGGAUAAUCAGCAACAAAAGAAUGAGUUGAUAAAUUUGAAUAUGGAACUUAAAGAACGACAGUCAACAAUCGAGUCAAUGAAUAAUAAAUUUUCACAACUGGAAGAUGUCAUCACCGUGCAUUUGAAUGAAAAACAAGAUUUACAAAACACUGUAGAGCAGCUAAAAAGUCAACAGAUUAAAUUAAAUGAGAAAAUUGAAGCCAAACAAUCUACAAUAAAAUUACUGAACAAUAAAUUGUUACACCUUGAAGAUAUUAAUGCAACAUUUUCACAAGAGCAACUACGACUGCAAAAUAGUUUGGAGGAACAGAAAAAUGAUUUGAUGGAAUUAAAUAAGAAAUUAGAAGACAAAAAUUCGAAUAUUGAUUUGUUAAAUCUUAAGAUUUCAGAAAUGGAAUCUAAAUUGAGUUUUAAUGAAUCAGCACUUAAAGAAGCCGAGACAAAAAUAUGUGAAUUAAAUGAACUCCGAGAAGAACUUCAGAGCCAGCUGGUGCAAGAACAAAAAAAUAAAUUAAUUUGUAUGGAUGAAAAACAUAGUUUAGAAAUAAAACUGGACGAGUUAUUAAAAUCUGAGGAAAAAAAAUCAAUUGUUGCGCAAGAAAAAAUUCAAGAGUUAAAUUCUCGGUGUGAAAAAUUAAAUUCGGAACUUACUGUUACAUAUUCUAAAAUUUCUGAGCAAGAUGACGUGAUACAAAAAAUAAUAACAGAACGUGAUUUAUUACAAAGUAAAUUAGAUGAAGUGGAAAAGGAUUUAGAGAGUCAAAAAGAAGAGUUGAAAAUUACAGUAUUGAAUAUUGAAGAACUAAAACAAACUCAUGAGCGGGCAAUUAGUAAUUGUCAAGAACGUGAGGAUGCUUCUCGUGAACUUCUUAACUCUGUUGAAAAAAAACUUUUGGCUACACAAAAUGCAUGUGAAACGCUUAAACUUGACAAAAAAAUCCAAGAAGAAUCACUUGCUGUUCUUAAUGCUAAAUUAGAACAACAAACUAAAGAAAAAAUUGAGUCUGAAUUGAAAAUGAAGGAGGUGAUUGUUAAUUUGCAAGAAGUUAGAACGGGUCAAGAAGCAGUAUUAGAUGCGCAAUCUAAAGCUCUUGCUGAUAAAGUUGCGGAAUUAGAUGCUAUGAAAAAGGAAUUUGUUAAAGUUAAAGAAAAUCUGGAGUUGAAAAUUUAUGAACAGAAGAUACAGGGUGAAGAAAAAUCAAAUGAAUGUAUUGUUUUAAAAGAGAAUAAUGAAAGAUAUCUUAAAGAGAAACAAGAGCUUGAAUCUAAGUUGAGUGAAGUAAAUAAUGUAAUAAUAAAAUUGAAAGAAGAUUAUGAAAGGUUGCAAAAUGAAUUUAAAGAAAAAUUAAAGACUACUGAAGCUAUUAUUAAGACUAAAACGGAAAAUAAUGAACAACUGUCGAAUCAACUGAGUUUUGUAGAAAUUGAAAGUAAUACACGCAAUGAAUAUUUGUCUCGGCUAGUUCGAGAGAAGAAUAAAUUACAAGCUAUGCUUGAUAAUGUAAUUGCUAGUCGUAAUAAUUUAGAAGAAAGUUUGGAGAGUAUUCACAAAUCUUGGGAUGACACUUUAAAUAAAGUUCAACAUAUAUUCAGUAAAAAUAGUUCGGCUUGCGAUGAAUUGAAGCAUUUGGAAGCACAAAAAAAAGAAUUGAAAAAAUUGUUGAGUGAUAUUAAUGAUCGUCAAUCUAAAACUUCAAAACCUCUUAUUAAAGUUCUUUGUUGGAUACCCUCGUGGUUUGAACAAAAGUUGGAUGGAAUUAAAAAUGUUGGUGUUAAAAAAGAAAUAAAUGAGACUGAUGAUACUUUAGCAGACGAGCAAUUAAUUUUGGAAGCUGAAAUUCAGAAAAAUGAAUCAAUAUUUAAAGAGUUGAAUGUUUUGCAAAAUAAAAUAGAUGAGUUUUUGGAUGCCUCGAUGACUUAUGAGUCAAAUAUAAAAUCUGGUAUUCUAAAACGCGAGCCGAGUGCUGAAGAAAAAUUACAGAUGCAAUUGGAGAAGAUAACUAAAGAGAAAAAAGAUAUGAAAGAAAAAUUAGAUGCUGCUCGGGUGAGAAAUGCCAAGAUGGAAAAAAAUAUCGACGAGUUAAGGAAUGAAAAUCGAAAAAUUAAAGCCGAGGUAUUGACAUCUUCUUCAGAUAACAAACCGGAAGUAGAACGUUUGACAAAAUUAACUGAACAGUUGGAACAACAAAUUGAAAUUUUUAAAAAAGAAAAAGAAGAGUUGGAGAAUAAAUUAAAGAACGAUGAUUUUGAUGCUAGACUUAAAGAGGUACACCAUGAGUAUGGAUUGAAAUUGGAGAAAUUGAAGCAAAAGAUGAAAGUAGCGUACAAUGAACAGGUCAGUAAGCUUCAAGUUGAGCAGGACCAGGCGAUGUCUGAGAAGAUAGCGGCCCUGAAGGCCAAGAUGGAACAACAAUGUAAGAAAUAUUCUGAAGAUAUUGCGAGGUACAAAGCUCAUGUCAGUGAUUUAUCAUCACAGUUUUGGAAUGUCGGCGAGAGACUUUUAGCAGAGCAACAAGAAAAAGAGACUGUUCAGCAACAUCUUUGUGAACUGCAAAAAAAAUAUCAGUCGGCAAUGCAUGACGCCAACCAAUCGCUUGCUUUAGCUCACAGCCAAAUAAGUUCAUCGACUUUGGAUAGAGAUUUUAGUUAUGACCGAUCGGAUGUCCCACGACAAAGCUUCCGAGCGGUUCAACUUAUUGAGGAAGAGACAACUACUACACGGAGACACAGUGUUAAAAGUAUUCAAGCUAUGGGGAAUGCUUUCAGUGUUGAAGAUGAAGAGGGCGAGGUCUUUAAUAAUGACUUCUUAACAGACUUGAAAGAAGGGAAAUUCCGCACUACUGAACAACCACCUGAUUUUGAUAGACUGUCUGAAUUGCGGAUGAGGAAUUCAUUAUGUCGGCCUCAUCUUAGAUCUUCUUAUGCUACGUCUUAUAAAAGACCUGGUCCUCCUACUCCAAGUAAAAAUGGUGGUAGAUUGUCACUCCAGGGUAAUGAAUUAAAGAGUCCGAAUUCGAGAAUACUUCGAGAUAGAAACAGCGAAAGACGUACUACAACAACUCCAAAACGAUUAAAAGACUUCUUUUCAACUUCAUUGUCAAGACGCCAAGAUGAGAACACACCGGCUACUCCGAAAGGUCGCAGGCUAAGCAGCAUUUUUCGUAAACCACGAGCCGCAGAAAAAAAUUAA